GUCUUCGUCCAUCCAUCUAGCAGGUUCCACUUUUGGUCUGGCAAAAUUGAACGUGCGCAACUUGCCGAUGUUUCCUCAUGUGCGCGGUUGAGCAGUCGCUGUUCCAGCGGGUCCUGACCUUCGUCGCUGACCACCUGAUGUCGGUCGAGUCUCUGGCGAACAUCCCCGAGCUGAUCGGCGAGCAGAUCUUCGUGUGCGCCCUCCGGAGGCGAGCGUUCGAGGAGCCCGCGCGGGCAGACCGCUGCCUCGAGCUCUUCGCGUCGGUGUACCACGGCGCCGUGCUCCGUUCCCUGUGCCUGCGCGACUGCCUGCUCGUCAUCAACGAGUACACGGAGCCCAUCGUGACGCUGUCCAGGCACCUGGUCCACCUGGACCUCGGCUGCUGCCACCUGGGCGACGGCCACGAGAUGGUCGCCGCCAUCGCCCAGUUCGUCUCCCUGCAGACGCUGAACCUAAGGGAGAAUGGUCUGACGGACGUGGGGGUGCGGCGGCUGACGCUGCCCUGCCGUAUGCUGGGACGGGGACCCCUGCUCCUCAGGGAGUUGGACCUCUCCGGUAAUGCGGGCAUUGCGGACAAGUCUGCCGUCUCCCUGGCUUGCUUCACCCAGCUGAGGCAGGUCAACCUGAGCUGCACAAGCGUCACGCCCGGCGGGGUGAGUCGCCUGUGCUCCUCCCUGGGUCUGCGUGCCAGCAGGGAGGGUCCCUGGCUCGGCCAUCCCACGGCCACCAUUGGCUGGGCGGCCACCCUCCUCGACCAAUGGCGAGGCUGCAUGGAGGACGCUGCCAGCAAGCGCAGGCACAAGCGCCUCAUGCUCAGCCCUCCCAAGACCGGCAUAUUCUCAUACAGGAAGAGGGUGAAGCUGGGCAGUCCCUCCCUGUCCCCCCUCGGCCCCAGCGGGACUUUGGUUCUGGGGCCGCCCCGGAGCCCUCCCGCCGUGGCCCCCCGGCCAUCCCCCACCUCGAAACGCAGGCUCUUCUGAAACAAGAUUUCCGGAGCACCCCACUCACUUAUUUAUUUGCUGAGAACACGGAGAAAUGGCUGCGUCAGUCUGAAUUUGUUGUCGAGCACUGGCCGUCGCUGCCGUGCCGCUUCCUGCUGGUGGUCUCUCGCGCAGUGAAGAUUUAAGGGCUGCAGUGGUUCUUCAAUAUCGGUCAGGUGUGCCGGAUGUGCGGGGGAAGCAAAGCCAUUUUCUUGUCUCUAAAGGCCCGUUCCCACGCUAUUGUUUGCCUACGACCAAGUUCUUCCAGUCUCCUGCGGCGAGAGAACAUGCUGGCCACCAUGUGUAAAGGCGAUGCUGGAACUGCAUUUCCCCAAGGAGAAGGUUUUGCGGCAUUUGCGAGAUCAAGUGGACAUACUAUCUACGGGAAAUGGUAGUGUAUAGCAUUCUCAAAAGAUUUUCGAUCCAGUCAAGAAAAAAUUACGCCAGAAACGAGUAGGAAACGUACGGAAAUUGCGAGUGUUCCACGGCUGCCCGUCAGAUGGCGCUGGCGUGCUCUCUCGUUGUAAAGAUCCUAAGAAGUCUUAAUGCAUUUGGUCUUUAGUAGUCGCAAGUGUAUGAGCCAACCUUAAAGGGCCUCUGAAAAGAAAAAAAGAUUUGUUUUAGACAAUCUGAUUGGGACACGCAUUUCAAAAAACAAAAUUUUACACGAAAAAAAAAUUUUUAGAGCAAUAUUGACGGCGAGAGAUUUAUUUGAAAUUCUGCGCACAAAGUCCAUGACGUCACGGAAUAGUCAUUUGCUCUUUCCACUUUAACGUGAAGGCAAAGCCGACCCACCUCUCCUCCACACGCCCAAAAUGCCGAGAGAGAAAACAAGUGGAGAGGAGGAGGUAACUACCGACCACAUUGCGUUUCGCGCUGCCAAUAUUGCUCUAAAUAUCUUUUUUUUUGUAAAAUUUAUUUCUUGACACACAUGUCCCAACCAGACUGUUAAAAAAGAACAUUUUGUUUUCUUUUCAGGGGCCCUUUAAAGGCCAACCAACAAGCAGAAAGGAGGAACCUUACUCUCCUCGCCGUUCUUCCUGCAAGGGGAAAGCGAGAGAACCCAUCCAUUUUUCAUUGCCGUAAGGGAUUAGAAAAGAUUAGUCUAGCAGCCUGUUAGUAAUCACGGAAAGAAAUGCAGAAGCCGCACCCUCUUUCUUCCCCACUUCCCCCCCUACUUGACGCUACCCUUCACUCUAACCCUCUUACUUGAAGUACUGACAGUGCCGCGGAUGCUACGUGCUCGACGGACCAGUCAUACAUACGUUUAUAUUCUCCAUGUGGUUACUCCGGGCCCCCUGCCCAUACCUAGGCUCGGAGAGCGGGGUCGGGCGACGAGAGGAAGCGGUUGAAUGGUCCAGCCAGCACGUAGCUCCCACCGCUUUAGACUGAACAGAGUGUAAACUACAACUGAAGAAAGCCAAGCAGCUAUUCUUCUCGCAUGCUAUUUUAAACACUCUCUAACACUAUGCGCGAAAAGAAGUUUGGCACCGACCUAGGUUGGACUGGUUUUUGAGAACACCAAACCGAUGUAAAAGUGUGCACAGGGAAAAGUCGACACAAUGCGAGUUCGGUGUGGUGUCCGCAAUAUCGAUGGAGUGUGGUGUCAGUUACGCAAACCAGACCAAAAGAUGUGUGAAAGGAGGUGUGUAAAAAAAAUGGAGAUCCGAAUUUGGAAAUAGCCAAACACCUGAAUGAUUCAAAAAUACAAAAGAGUUAGACAAAGAGGACUGACAGGACUAACAUCUUUUGACUUUCGACACAUUGUGUUGAAAGUCAAAAGAUGUUUGUCCUGUCCAUCCUCUUUGUCUAAUUCUUUCGUAUUUUUGAAUCUAUUACCAAUGCACUCAAUCCAACUUUACCUGAAUGAAUGCGCAGACUGCUCUCCGGCCUGGGGAAACGGGAAGAUUUUAGAAAGGGAAAGCAACGACAUGAAAAGAUUAGUGAAAGAGACCAUGAGGAUUAAGGCGUCUGACAAGUGCAUUAGUCAGGCGUCUGUGCACCUAAGUACGGAGGCCGGAAGAUUUCUCCUGCUGACUGGUUUGGGAAACCCAGGGUGGCCCCAGUUGUGUUGCAGUAUUUCUUGACAUGCAAUUCUGUGUGCAUUCGUCGUGUGAGCUUAUCAUUGACUGGAAUGUACGGGGGCCUGGGAAAAGGAAGAGAGAAGGGGUAAGGGGGUUUGGGAAAAGGAAGAGGAAAAGAGGGAGACCACUGGUGGGGUGACUUGUAUGUUUGUCCUGUGAAAUAAAGUUUGUAGCUGCCAUAAUAACUGGAGACACGGAACGAUAAAAAAAGAAAACAACAAGUCUUAAUUGAGACUUGUUUUUUUAUCGUUCCAUGUCUCCGGAUACUAUGGAAGUUCUUCACCAGCUCGCCUGUGUUUUUACCCUUCCUUGUAGCUGCGUUUGGGUCUUCGCCUGUGUCAUCUGUGGUUUCGUCCGUUGUCCUUAUCCCCAGUCUUGGGUUUACAACUAUGCUCGAAAUAAAGGAGAGAAAUCUU